CGGGGCUGAAGGGUUGGACAGGAAAAGAAGAGGAAGGCGAGGACGGCACAGACGAAAACGAUGGCUGCAAUUCGGAAGAAACUAGUUAUAGUUGGGGAUGGUGCUUGUGGCAAGACCUGUCUUCUCAUAGUGUUCAGCAAGGAUCAGUUCCCUGAGGUUUAUGUGCCUACAGUGUUUGAAAACUAUGUGGCUGAUAUUGAGGUGGAUUGUAAGCAGGUGGAAUUGGCUCUGUGGGACACAGCAGGUCAAGAGGACUAUGACAGACUGAGACCUCUCUCUUAUCCGGACACGGAUGUCAUCCUCAUGUGCUUCUCCAUCGAUAGCCCUGACAGUUUAGAGAAUAUUCCAGAGAAGUGGACUCCUGAGGUCAAGCACUUUUGUCCUAAUGUGCCUAUCAUUCUUGUGGGUAACAAGAAAGACCUGAGAAAUGAUGAGCAUACACGUCGAGAGUUGGCAAAGAUGAAACAGGAACCAGUGAAGCCAGAGGACGGGCGGGAGAUGGCCAAUCGCAUCAACGCCUUUGGUUAUUUGGAGUGCUCGGCCAAAACAAAAGAUGGUGUGAGGGAGGUGUUCGAGAUGGCCACCAGGGCAGCGCUUCAGGCCAAGAAAAGGGGCAAGAAGAGUGCCUGCCUUCUGCUAUAGAGAGUUUGGGAGAGAUGGGAACGGGAGGGAAGGGGAAAAGCAACCAGGCCAAGGAAAAAAAAAUUCUGCAUCCCUCUUCCCUGUCUGCCCUCAUGCCAUGGUGGGCAGGAGUUCACUAGGGGAUUAGGGAUAUGGGAGAAAAAAAUAUUAAAGCAGGCCAAAGGAAACAGAGAUAGGAGGUCAAAUAUAAAGAGGAAAGGGAGUAUAUAGAUUUAAAGCCAAGGUCUAUCAGCUUUCCAGUGAAAACUGUCUCUUGGCUAAGAUUUUUAAUUGGGUCCUCAACUAAGCACAGAAAAAAAAAUCUCUCAAGCAUGGUAGUGCCUGCAAAGAGGCCUGUUUCAUCCUCUGAUAUGGCUACAAUGGAAGAUUAUUUUUAGGGUCCCAAACCUCAGUGAUAUAGUUCUGGUUGAUAGGUUUUGGAAUAGUUAAAAGGACAUCAUUACAUCCAAAACACUGUAUGCCUGCCCAAUGUUCGUCAGUGACCUCCAUGGCUUGCAGUGUGUCUAUGCUUGUCUUUCAUUUUUGUUGACUCAUUCUGUAGACGCCAUACUUUGUUUUCCCUUUGGAUAAAUAGACUAACCUGUCUCUGUGGUCCAGUUUUUCUCUUUUAUGAACCAGUGGUCCAAUAUUAUAGUUCAUUUGAUACAAGCAGUUUUGAUUUAUUUAAAUAGCUGUUUUUAUUUGCUUUUGAUUAUAAAUACAUAUUAAAUGCAGACCUGGGUAAUGAGACUAACUGAAUUGAGUGUUUUAUAUAAGCUUGUUCAUGUAUUGUAUUAAUGUACUUUAGCCGAGUAUUUGAACUCUCACACACAGGGCUCAAAAAAGAUAUGGUUUUGUAUACGGUUAGGUGUAAAAGCUUUUGCAUAUUAGCUUACUUCUCUGAUUUUUUUUUUUUGUCAGCAUACCAGGCUAUUAUUGGGAGUUAUUUUCACAAUUUGACCUUUUCUUUUAUUCCAGCCAGUCCAGUCAUGAUGGGGCCACGACUAUUUUUUCCCCAUUUUGUUUUCUCUUGCACUGUAUAUGUUAACUUUCAUGACUAGGUUUCUCUGUAUUAGUUGCACAUUUUGCAAAAUCAAAUUAGAAAGCAAUUGAGUUCAGUUUUUCAAGAUAUACUCAUGAAAAGAACAUCAGUUGAAUUAUAAAAAGUAAACUACAAUUAUCUUCUUUUAAAGCCUUGGUUUUUUUCUGCGAAGGUCUUUUGUAUAAAAAUCCAUUCCUUGCUCUUCAAUUUCAUUUUAAAAAUGUAUUGUACAAAGGAAAUAAAUUGUAAUUGGCAAAGACCAAAUGUGUUAAUGCUCAUGAUA